GAACCCCACCGCCACCGGCGUUGCGCGCCUGCUUUGCUACCCCCUAUAUAUUACUCCUAGGUCUCUCUCUCGAGACACGCACCCCUGCUUACUUAACACCCCAGCGCUGGUGCCUUGCCCUGUGGUCCUCGCUCCGUCCUUAAUCCACUUCUCCUGCUGCCUGCCCAGCACCACACCACACCAUCCCGUCUCCUCUCCCCGGCCAGCCUCCCUCUCUCUUUCUCUGUCCUCAGUCCUCCUCUCACGCUUGACAAGGAGAGAGAAAGGUGUAGCAGCAGCUAGCUGAUCCGGCCGGGAGCGCAGGCAAAGGAUGGAGGAAUACGACGGGCUCUUUCCUUCCGCCUACGUGGACUCCUCCUCAUCCCUCCUGGUGCCCAACGGCACGGCGCAGGGGGAGAGGCCGAGAGCGCGGCGCAGGAGGCGUCGAGCACCGAGGUGCGGCGGCGGCGGCGACCUGGACGGGGGAGGGGACCCCAAGAAGCGGCGGCUGAGCGACGAGCAGGUAGAGAUGCUGGAACUGAGCUUCCGGGAGGAGCGGAAGCUGGAGACCGGCCGGAAGGUGCACCUGGCCGCCGAGCUCGGCCUCGACCCCAAGCAGGUCGCCGUCUGGUUCCAGAACCGCCGCGCCCGCCACAAGAGCAAGCUGCUCGAGGAGGAGUUCGCCAAGCUCAAGCAGGCACACGACGCCGCCAUCCUCCACAAAUGCCACCUUGAGAACGAGGUGAUGAGGCUGAAGGAGAGGCUGGUGCUCGCCGAGGAGGAGCUGACGCGUUUCAGAUCCGCGGGGAGCCACGCCGUCUCCGGUGACGGCGGAGACAUCAUGGGCCGUGCCGUCUGCAGCGGGAGCCCGAGCUCAUCGUUCUCGACAGGCACCUGCCACCAGCCGGGCGUCGACGUCGGCGGCGGCGAUCACCUGGGGGACGACGACCAGCUGCUCUACGUUCCUGACUAUGCCUACGCUGACAACAGCGUGGUCGAGUGGUUUAGCCUGUAUGGACUGAUGUAAGCGAAGUGAUCAUCAGUGAUCGAUGGUAUGCCAUCGAUCGGCAGAUUCAUUCUAGCAGCUAGCUACUCAUCGUAGUGUGUCAUUGCUGUGCUGAAUUGCUGAUUUCUAAGUGCGUGUGCUUAAUCAUAUGUACAUAAAUCAAGUUGUUAAUUAGUGGCAAAAUAUAGCCAGCUACCAGCAACUAGUACUUGAAUUCAGAUGUCUGUUACUAUACUGCGUGCUACCCA